AUGUGUGGUGGUGCUGGUGAUGGUGCUGGUGAUGGUGCUGGUGAUGGUGCUGGUGGUGCUGGUGUUGGUGUUGGUGGUGGUGGAGGCAGGGAGGGCGGGUUUUACGGUGUGGUGCAGCCGGCGGUUGUCGUGGAUGCGCAUGUGGCCGAGUAGACCCAUGCGAUGCGUGAAUGUGCGAGGGCAGUGUGGACAGUGGAGGCGAGCUGCAUCGGCAACCCGUAUUUUCAGCUGAGUUUGCCGUUUCCGAGUUAAUUGCCAUUCAGUGGCUCCAAAGCAAAUUCGCACAAACUUACGUCUCUCAACAAGGAGGUUCCGACUGCUCACAGAACAUUUCACCGGAGGUGGAUUAAGUAUAUGCACUUUUAGAACAGAAAAGUAGCAGUCGAUGAUAGUGAACUAGACGAAUACUUAUGUGAUCACUUCGUAGAAGUCUCAUAAUUACGGACUUUUACAGCAAAGAUAAUCCGCCGCUUAGAUACAAGACUGUGUGAUGUAGCAAAAAAUCUUGGGCACUCUUUCUGUGAUUUGGCAUUUACUUGAUGCCGAUUGUUCAACCGUAUCAAUAGGCCUCGUCCUCCGAGUGUUCCUUUGAGUGAGUCUAACAACAGUGAACUGUGUGUGAAUUAGCUUAUAGUAGGACGGACUUGUGAAGCAACUACCGCACUCCCACCUCCUUGAAUAACCUGGCACCGAUGGAUAGACAAUGGCCAGUCAACCAGGCCUGAAUCUGCAAUGGGUUAUCAAGCAAGAAAAUUCAGGUCCUAUCUCAAGAAAAGAUGUUUGAGCCAACUGUCGACGAGAUCUGCAUGGAAGGAGGAAGCUAGGGACUGGUGCAAUGUACAGCCGCACACCUGGGGUACAUCGUCAAAGAACACAUAUCGAUGGCGACGAUACUCAUUCGCCGCUGGUCAGCCGGUGGUAUGGUCUUCGAAUCGGCAUCGCUGACACGCGCCCAUCUGGUGCACCGUAGGAGACCGCGGGCUUACGGCAAUGUCGUAAGCCAUUGGCAAAUUCGAGUCGUUCUUCCACUUCCAAGAAAAUCUCGUGACCCACAGUGGAGUUCGGCUGCGCCGGCACAUCAAGCAGCCCUAUUUACGGACGGACACUGCUGCUCUUCGGAGGGGGCCUGGGAAAGCUGACCUAAAUAUUGCUGGGGAACCACGUCGUCUGCAGGCUGACCGUUGUCGCAGACGUAAAACGCACGGUCGAAACAACCAAAAUCGAAAUAUCAACAACAACACUACUCACUCUCCUCAUCCUACCUCUUCUUCCUCUUCCACUGUCUAUUCUUCUGCCUAUUCUUCUCGUUCGCCAUCUUCUUCACCUCCUUCACGCCGACCCACUCGUGGCCAGACUGGCAGGGUGAGUCCGCUCACUCUGUCAGCCUGGAAUUUUCGUUCCCUUUCAGACAAUCAGAAGUCCAACCAACCGAAACGGAGGACGGCGCUAGUGACCCGGGAACUGACGCGCUACAAGGUGGACAUCGCCGCACUCAGCAAGACUCGAUUCUCCGAACAAGAUCAAUUGAAGGAAGUGGGUGUCGGUUGCAACUUCUUCUUGAGCGGUCGCCCCAGGGCAGAGCUACGAGACGCGGGCGUCGCCUUCGCCAUUCGGAACGACAUCGUAGGACGACUGCCCUGUUUGCCGCAGGGCAUCAACGAUCGCCUGAUGAGCCUACGCCUGCCUCACUUGGGAGGCAAAUUCGUUACUAUCAUCAGCGCCUACGCUCCGACGAUGACGAACCCCGACGCCGCCGCAAGAGACAAAUUCUACGAGGACCUGCACGCCCUCUUGGCGACUAUUUCGAAGUCGGACAAGUUGAUUGUCCUUGGUGACUUCAACGCCCGCGUCGGCACAGACCAUACUGCCUGGAGGGGAGUGCUGGGUCCCCAUGGUCUCCGCGGCUCAAACGACAAUGUCCUGCUGCUCCUCCGCACCUGCGCAGAACACCGCCUCAUCCUGACUACCACGUUCUUCUGUGUGUCGGAGCGAGAGCAGGCCACCUGGAGGCAUCCUCGGUCGCGUCAGUGGCACCUGCUGGACUAUGACCUCGUCCGGAGGCGAGAUCAGCGGAACGCGCUGGUGACAAAGGCGAUUGCGGGCGCUGACGGGUGUACCCACCAUCGCCUCGUCAUCUCGAAGAUGCGUAUUCGCCUACAGCCUCGUAGGAGGUCACAACGAAAGUGACCCUCAGGUAAGCUGAAUAUUGCCUUGUUGUAUUUGCCCGCUCACCAUCUACAUUUCAGCAAUGAGCUAGCUCAACGGCUAGACACCCCUCCAAUCGCUGCCGUCGCCGAUGCUGUCGCUCCCGAGAACUGCUGGUGUCCACUGAGAGACACGGUCCAGUCCAUGGCACUAACCGUCCUCGGUCGCGCACGCCGUCAACACCAGGACUGGUUCGACGACAACGACGUCGCCAUCAGCAAUCUGCUAUCCGAGAAUGACCGCCAACACACAGCCUACGUAGACCACCCCACUGACGACAACAAAGCUGCUUUUUACCGCAGUCGCCGCCACCUUCAGCAACGACUGCGCGAGAUGCAGAACGCCUAG